AUGUCUUCUUGUUUAUCUGGAGAAGUUUUAUCUGUUAUAGAUGCUAAAGUUACAGCCAGAGCCAGUCCUGGGGAUUCUAGCACUCCGGGCAAGCCUCGGCGCCCUUGCAAAAUCCAUGGCAAAAUCCCAGUGAACAAAAUCCAAGGAGACAAAAUCCAAGGAGACAAAAUCUCAGCAGACAAAAUCCCAGCGGACGAAAUCCCAGUGAACAAAAUCCAAGGGGACAAAAUCCCAGUGGACGAAAUCUCAGCAGACAAAAUCCCAGUGGACGUAAUCCCAGCGGACAAAAUCCCAGCGGACGAAAUCCCAGCGGACAAAAUCCCAGUGAACAAAAUCCCAGCGGACAAAAUCCCAGCGAACAAAAUCCCAGUGAACAAAAUCCCAGUGGACGAAAUCCCAGCGGACAAAAUCCCAGAACAAAAUCCCAGUGGACGUAAUCCCAGCGGACAAAAUCCCAGUGGACGAAAUCCCAGCGGACAAAAUCCCAGUGAACAAAAUCCCAGCGAACAAAAUCCCAGUGGACGUAAUCCCAGCGGACAAAAUCCCAGUGAACAAAAUCCCAGCGGACGAAAUCCCAGUGAACAAAAUCCCAGUGGACAAAAUCCCAGCGAGCAAAAUCCCAGCGGACAAUAUCCCAGCGACAAAAUCCCAGCGGACGAAAUCCCAGCGGACAAAAUCCCACAACAAAAUCCCAGCGGACAAAAUCCCAGUGGACGAAAUCCCAGCGGACAAAAUCCCAGUGAACAAAAUCCCAGCGAACAAAAUCCCAGUGGACGUAAUCCCAGCGGACAAAAUCCCAGUGAACAAAAUCCCAGCGGACGAAAUCCCAGUGAACAAAAUCCCAGUGGACAAGAUCCCAGCAAGCAAAAUCCCAGCGGACGAAAUCCCAGCGGACAAUAUCCCAGCGAACAAAAUCCCAGCGGACGAAAUCCCAGGACAAAAAAUCCCAGUGAACAAAAUCCCAGCGAACGAAAUCCCUUCGGACAAAAUCCCAGCGAACAAAAUCACAAUGAACAAAAUCCCAGUGAACAAAAUCCCAGCGGACAAAAUCCCAUGGACGAAAUCCCAGCGGACAAAAUCCCAGUGAACAAAAUCCCAGCGAACAAAAUCCCAGUGGACGUAAUCCCAGCGGACAAAAUCCCAGUGAACAAAAUCCCAGCGGACGAAAUCCCAGUGAACAAAAUCCCAGUGGACAAGAUCCCAGCGAGCAAAAUCCCAGCGGACGAAAUCCCAGCGGACAAUAUCCCAGCGAACAAAAUCCCAGCGGACGAAAUCCCAGCGGACAAAAUCCCAAUUGACGAAGUAUCUAUCUAUCUAUCUAUCUAUCUAUCUAUCUAUCUAUCUAUCUAUCUAUCUAUCUAUCUAUAUAUAUAUAUGUCCGAUUGUUUUUGA